AUGUACAAUAAUGCGCAUAUAGUUGAGAAGGGCGUGAACAACGUUGGAAACACGUUGAACAAGGUACCCGGUGUCAAGCAGGGGGUCUCCUUCUUUGCGGACUACCGCAAGUUCAUGGAUCGUGGCAAUGUCAUUGACCUGGCUGUUGCAGUCGUUAUCGGUGCUGCUUUCACCGCUAUCGUGACAAGUUUGGUGAACGAUAUUAUCACCCCCAUUAUUGCUCUGGCCUCCGGAAAGAAUCUGGAGGAGAACUUUAUCAUUUUGCGCCGCACCAAAGAUCCUGAAUUUGUGGGGAAAAUUGUAAGAUCAUCAAGCAUAGCACUUGCACAGGCCGACGGGAACAUCACCUGGAACUGGGGAAAUUUUAUCCAGACCGUCAUCAACUUCUUCAUCGUCUCCGCCUGCAUCUUCGUCAUCGUCAAAGUUUAUCAAGUCGGACGUAACACUAAGACCCAGGUCACCGAAAAGGCAUGCGAUUACUGCAUUAAGAAGGUUCCUCUGAACGCCAUCCGCUGCCCCGAAUGCACCACCUGGCUGGACUGGGAUGCCUGCGCCAAGGUCACGAACAUGGAGAAGAUCGCUGCUGCUGCUACUCCUGCUUUCACAAGUGGACCCAGCACUGCGGCCAAUAGCAUGCAUACGCCCUUUUUUGCUUACCCUGCUCCUGCAGGCGAACCCCAGCCUUUGGGACACUUUUAA